AUGCAUAGCCUUGUCUAUAACACUUCAAGCGUCUGUGGCGUUAGAAUACUAAAACACCUAUGACCAGUAGCGUUUUCCACAUAAGUGUUAAUGUCAUUGACAUGAAAGGAGACAUGAGGCUGGAACUUUCAGUCUUAGUGGUUGCCAUACUGGUUUGUUUUUCUCAAGCAGAAGAUGUGAAUGGUUCAAAGCGUGGAGCCGUCCAAGCUCAAAUUGUCAAAGCGGGGACCGAGAAGGCCAUUGAAGUUGGUGGAAAAUUGAUCGAUAAACAGUUAGAGAUCAUCGGGAAGCAACAAGAAAAGGCCGAAGACUUUCUCAAGCGAAAGAUCAAACUCGACAUCCGACCCGACACAAGUGGCUGGAAGAACGAAGACAUGUUUGUCCCCCCCGGGAUGGAGAUAACCUCGUCCACAGAGGGAACAGAAAAGGAGAAUGCCGAGAAGGAAGACCCUGCCCCAUACACGUAUGUCAAUGGAUAUAUUGGGCCUGCCAUUAUGAAUGGUUGCUAUGGGAAAAAUUACCAGCCCGGUGAUCCGUGCUACACUGCUACAGAAACGACAACACAAUGUCGAACAAUGAUCGAUGGAGCAGCGUUUAUUGGAGUGGGAUUUGACGGCCGUGGGGAAUAUCGCUCCGAGUCCAGAAAGAUGAGCAUCAUCCAGCGAAGCUGUGGGGGGCAUUCAUACUACGACGGUGACCAAGUUCCGGACACAAUGAACGUGCACGGCAUCUACGACACGUCCGCUAACAUGUACACGUUCUCGUCACGCUCCGAGUACCAAUCGUACUUGGAAAAGGAAGCUGGAGUUUCCGGGUCGUAUUUUGGUUUUUACGCUGGAGUAAAGAAAGCAUGGGGAAAUUCCUUUAGCAGUAAUGUGCAAUCAUUUCUGUCGAUCUUUGACAUAGAUGUUGUGAGAUAUGAGAUAUUCAAGGAUGAAGUAAAACCUGCAGAUUUGAGUCAAGCAUUUCUCCAGGAGUUUAUGAAUCUGCCUCCCUCGUAUUUCCACCCUGGCGCUGGUCAAGCAUACCAGGAAUUCAUUUUGCGUUGGGGAACACAUUACAUUAAGUCUGCCAAGUUCGGAGGAGAGUUAGAAUUCCGUAAAACUCUCCAAGGAAUGUCCAUUGCCACAAAAGAACAAGCAUCCGAAGUUGUAGAGGCGGAAUACAAAGGCCUUUUUGCAAGCGCUGGAGCAAAAUAUGAAUCUAAGUCCGGACAGGAAAGCAAAUCUGAGAAUAAAUUUUCGUCGUCAUCUGUGGUCGUUCAGGGAGGAAGUCAGGAAAUCGCAGCUAUCUUAUCUGAUGAGUACUCGCCCACGUUCAAGGAAGAGUUUAAGUCAUGGCUAAACUCAAUCCAACAAUACCCAAAAGCCUUCAAAUUCCACAUGGCGCCAAUCACAGACCUUGUGAACUUUCGCGCUGGAGAUCUCUUUCCUGAAGAAGACACAGUUGGAUGUGAUGUAAAUGGGAAUUCGCUCGAGAUAGACGACAACAACCAGCCCUUUUAUAUGAAAGAAGGGAAGAAAGUCACAUGUCCUUUUAAAAGUAGAAGCGACCUUGAUAGUCAGAUUAAACGGCGACGAAAAAGUCUCACCAGAGCGAUCGACAUCUACUUUAGAGAGGGCGUAAGAACCUCGGCCAACAGUCUUGGGCCUGGAGCUCCCGGAUGUGAAAUGGGAGACGAAGGUUUGACUGGCACUUUUGCUCAUCCAAAGUGGGACGCUCUAAUAGCAGAUGAUGCCAUAGCACUCGUGGAGUUUGACAUGCGCGAACCGCUGACCAUCGGAUCUACUUUUAUACCACAUGACAUGACACGACGGAUUAAGUACAGGAAUAACAAAUGGUACACUGCUGGACCCAGCGGAAGAUUCGUCCUUUACAACGGAUUCCCCGUUAGCGCUAGCGAUACCAGCAAUAAGAUAAUCAAUAUCCUGGGGGUGAAAUUCACAUAUGAUGAGUUAAAGGGCACGCUUAAACUGAAAGGUAGCUACUUUACAGACUCUAGUCAAGCCCUGGAGAAGAUACUACCUCUCCAAGACAAACCCCUUGCUACAGUGCGCUUCCAAGGAAGUCGCAAAGUACCUGGUAAAAAACGAUCUGCAAGUCCAGUUGGGGUCGAAGCUACUGUGUCGUGGCCAUGUAACGUUGAUUGGUUGAAUGAAAACAUGUUCGAGCGGACCACUGAGGGCAAAUGCAUACACUUUACUGCCGCCAGCGCUGGACCCAUCUACGUGGUGUUUUCGGUGAUACCGGACAACAAAGAGACGUGGUAUCAUGUGAGGAUUGGACCAAAACAGGUUUCUAUCUACAAGAAUGGACAAAGUAAAGCGAGUACUGUUGUAAAGAAUGCACUGGGCCUUGGCGAUAGCGAAUUGUUCCAGUCGUACUUCGUAUGCCUCAAGGGCAGUGAACAGAGCACCGUGAUCGAGUAUGGGAAGAGUCAAGGAGCUCAGGAGAAAGGAGACGCCUAUCUCUCGCUUGUUGACACUGACACACCACUCCAUGUGCAGUACUACGCCUUUGGGAACGGUGAAAAGAUGAUGCAGGUUGCAAAUAUACACGUGGUUGAGGGAAGAUCACGUCUUCAAGCCAAAUGUAAAGGUGUAACACAUCCAGUAAAAGGCAUAGAAAGCCCGUACUGUGUUCCUAACCAAUGCCACGAGCUAUGCGACCCUCUGAUGGGAUGCACACAGGAAAACUCAGCCACCCACUGUGGUCGCUGUCGCUACGCCAAGGCCGCAAACAAAGAAUGCAAGAGGGAGUGUCCAAAAGGCCAGCUAGCUAUUGGUGUCACACUUGAUUGUAAAGUUGCUUUAGACUGGAUUCAGUUAACCCGACAAGAUGAGGCUGUUUGUUUCGCUGCAAAAGGGGAUGUCCCAGCCAUAGUACAACCGAUAAUUGAUGGGCACCUGUCUGAAGUCAAGCUUACUUAUACGGAAGGAGGGGUAUCUUGCAGCAAUUCAGUAUCACAGAAAAGCCACUGGGGCUGCUGGGCCCUAAUAAAUCUCAAUGUUAUCAUCACAAUGAAUAACGACGAAACACCGGUUUUUCCUGGCAAAGACUUCACCUAUAUUCAGGCGAGCGGAGGAGAUCCAGGAAGGCCAGCAGGCUACUGGUAUACAAGCCAAGGAUACAAUAUGAACUCACCAAACCUUGUCCUCAAGGCGAAUACUCACGUGAAUCUCGACCGUGACACAACCCUUAAAAUAUGGUACGGGGAGGACCUGUCGAAUAAGACAGAGGACGACAAUCAUGGGAAAACUUGUUUUAAGAUCUAUGGCAAAUUCGAAACCCAAUAGAAAGAAAAAAGCGAUGAGGAAAUAACAGUAAUAAGAUUUAAGUGAUUCAUACCUGCAAAUAAAGAGGAUUAGCGCUAAGAAAAACUAA